GGGAUAUUUGUAACUACACACGGCAGUGCAGGGGUCCAGUGAGAGGGGGGCUGGUUGUGCUUUGAGCUGGUUGUGUGGUUAGGUUGUCGUUUUUAAAUAUCACCUCAGUCAUGUCGCGGAUAUUGAACCUGAUCAACACCCGGCUGCGGAGAGAUUUGGCCGCGUGUCGAGGGACUGCUGGGCUCCCUUUGAGGACCAUCUGCUGUACUUCAAGAAAACAAGCUCAAGAGAGUGAUGCAUCCUCAGUUUUGGGAAAGAGGUGGAAGGACACAGCAGAAACCGUCAUCAUCGGUGGUGGAUGCGUGGGGGUCAGCGUGGCCUAUCACCUGGCCAAAGGUGGCAUGAAGGAUGUGGUGCUGCUGGAGAAGUCUGAGCUGACGGCUGGAUCCACCUGGCACGCUGCGGGUUUGACAACAUAUUACCAUCCAGGCAUCAACCUCAAGAAAGUCCAUUAUGACAGCAUUAAGCUCUACGAGAGCCUGGAGGCUGAAACCGGACAGGCGGUGGGAUUUCAUCAACCCGGCAGUGUUCGCAUUGCUUCGACAGCGGCUCGCGUGGACGAGAUGAGGUACCAGAUGACCCGCACGCACUGGCACGUGACGCAGCAGUACUUCAUCGGACCAGAGAAAGUCCACGAGCUUUUCCCUCUGCUCAAUAUAGACAAGGUGUUGGCAGGUCUGUACACCCCCGGCGACGGCCACAUUGACCCUUACUCUCUGACUAUGGCUCUGGCUGCUGGUGCUCGUAUGUACGGCGCCCAGAUCUACAACCCGGCUCCGGUCAGCGCGCUCAACCCAACCGCUGAUGGGAAGUGGGACGUCCAGACUCCUCAUGGAACCAUCCGCGCAAAUCGCAUUGUCAAUGCAACAGGUUUCUGGGCUCGGGAGGUUGGCAAGAUGAUUGGGUUCGAUCACCCCACCAUCCCGGUGCAUCACCAGUACGUAGUGACUGCGACGGUACCGGAGGUGAAGGCUCUGAAGAAGGAGCUGGCUGUCAUCAGGGACCUGGAGGGCUCUUACUACCUGCGUCAGGAAAGAGACGGCCUUCUGUUUGGUCCGUAUGAACAGAUGGAGAAGAUGAAGCUACAGGACUCCUGGGUCAGAGAGGGCGUGCCACCAGGUUUCGGUAAAGAGCUGUUUGAGUCGGAUCUCGACAGGAUCAUGGAGCAUGUUGAGAUGGCCAUGGACAUGGUCCCUGUGCUAAAGAAAGCUGACAUCAUCAACAUUGUGUCUGGACCAAUCACAUACACCCCUGACCUCCUGCCCAUGGUCGGACCACACCAAGGAGCUCGCAACUACUGGGCUGCCAUCGGCUUUGGGUAUGGAGUCAUCCAUGCUGGUGGUAUCGGUAAGUUCCUGAGUGACUGGAUCAGGAAUGGAGAACCUCCAUACGACCUGAUUGAAUGCGACCCCAACCGCUACGGGAAAUGGGCAGACGUGCCCUUCAUGUGUGCCAAAGCUCGGGAAUCCUACGGCUUCAACAAUGUGGUUGGUUAUCCCAAGGAGGAGCGAUUCGCCGGUCGACCGACCUCCCGGAGAGGUGGCCUUUACGAGCUGCUGAAGGACAAAGCGUCCAUGGGCUUUCACGCUGGCUGGGAACAGCCUCACUGGUUCUACAAACCUGGAGAUGACGUUGGAUACAAGCCCAGUUUCCGACGCACCAACUGGUUCGGACCAGUUGGCCGAGAGUGCAAGCUGGUGAUGGAGAAGGUGGGAGUGAUCGACCUGACGCCUUUUGGCAAGUUCAUAGUGAAGGGGAAGGACUCCCAAAGGCUGCUGGACCGCCUGUUUGCGAACACCAUGCCCAAGGUGGGUCUGACUAAUAUCAGCCACAUGUUGACGCCCUCUGGGAGAGUCUUUGCUGAGGUCACCAUCACCCAGCUGGCACCAGGAGAGUUCUUGCUCAUCACAGGCUCGGGGUCAGAGGGUCACGACCUCAGGUGGAUCGAGUCAGAAGCUGCAGACGGCGGAUACGACGUCGACAUCAGCAACGUAACAGAUGAUAUAGGCGUGCUGGGCAUCGCGGGACCAAACUCUCGCAAGGUUCUUCAGAAACUGACGGAUGAGGAUUUGAGUGAUGCUGGAUUCAAAUUCCUCCACUGCAAGUCCAUCCAGCUGGCGGGAGUUCCCGUCCGGGCCAUCAGGAUCUCCUACACAGGUGAGCUCGGCUGGGAGUUGUACAUCGACCAGAAGAACAUGGCGGCUGUGUACAAGGCCAUGAUGGAAGCAGGAAAAGACGAAGGCAUCGACAAUUUCGGCACCUACGCGAUGUCCUCGCUCAGACUGGAGAAGGGCUUCAGAGGCUGGGGAGCUGAGAUGAACUGUGACACCAAUCCUCUGGAGGCUGGACUGGAUUAUUUCAUCAAACUCAACAAACCGGCGGACUUUAUCGGUAAAGCCGCCCUUCAGGAGAUCAAAGCCAAAGGCCUGAAGAGGAAGCUUUCCUACAUCACCCUGGACACGGACGAUAUCGACCCCGAAGGCAACGAGACCGUCUGGCACAACGGAAAGGUGGUCGGCAACACGACAUCCGGAGCGUACAGCUACAGCAGCCAGCAGAGCCUCGCGUUCGCCUACCUGCCUCUGGAGCUGUGCUCUGUGGGCCAGAAGGUGGAGGUCGAACUGCUCGGGAGGAAAUACCCCGCCGAGGUCAUCCAGGAGCCUUUAGUCCUCACCGAGCCCACACGGACCCGGCUGCAGAAGAAAGCAAAGGGCAAAGCAUAAGCACAGACUGUCUGCGAUCAGCUUCUCACCAGCUAAUGAAGAACGAUUUUACUGUGAUACAUGAGUCUUAUAUUGGGAGGGAACUGUCCAAAAAGAAGUGGCCAGUUUAAGGAAAAAGACUCACAUCACUUGACAACUUCCUCUUCCUGUAUUGUGUCUUUUUAAGAGGAAGAAACAGAUUCAGCAUGUGAGAGUGUUUAGUGCUUCUUAUGAAUGGGGUUUUUUUUUUUUUUUUGAGCAACAGGGGAAAGUUACCUGUCGCUGUUCUUACACCACAACGUCUUACAGUGUCGGAAGAGUAAUCGACUUUUUUGUAAUUCCAUGAAUGGAUGUUAAUGUUUACGGGUCAACAGUUUGGGGGCGAAGAUUUCAGCAGAAAGGGUCAAAUGUAAAAUGUCAUAAGAGCACUUUGUGACGAAUGUGACAAAGUGUAUAAACACUAAUAACCAAAACAAACUUGUACAAAGAUAGUUUUAUAAAUCUGUUUUUACUAAUAUGUAAUUAAACUGGUGUACAUUAAUACCGUGAUAAUUAAAGCAAUGCGCUCACUGUCUUGUA